CUGUGCUUGGCCUCCUGAGCUGCAUGACAUAAAAUGCUCUGGAAAAGGAGGAUGAGGCCGUUCCCACCAUUCUUGAUCCUACACAGACCCAAGGCAACGACAACGUCGGUACUAAUAGAGGAGCUGGUGGAUCAAAGACAAAACGACCACGCACAUCGCAUCACCUUGAGGUCAAAGAGAGACGGAGGAUUGUUGAAGAAGCAAUAGAUGAUUAUGAAAGAAAGAAACAGAAAGAGGAACAAGCUGCUGGACCCCCUGACGUUGUUGUGGACCCACCAUGCUCACCACCAAUCAUGUCAGCACGUGACCUUGUCAUGGAAAAAAUGAAGACAUUUGUAAUGUAUUGAAUGCUAAAUGUCAGCAAGAUUUUGACCUUUCCUCUGGUAGCACUUGCGUUUCCAAUUCGCUUGAAUCCUUGUAUCGCACUCACGUUUUCUCUGUCCUAAAAAACGACAGAAGGUUGGAUCCUAAUCAAAAGAAUAAACUUAGGACAUACAGAACUUAAAACAGAGUAUCAACUUGAGCCCUACCUCGAUGCAUUAAAAAAUCGUGGGGUCUUUUCAAAAAUGGCUAAGUUUCGCCUUAGCAAUCACAGCCUACUCAUCGAAAAAGGUAGACAUUUUGGUACUCAGUUGGAAAAGCGUCUGUGUCCAUUUGGGUGUGACGUAGUAGAAGACGAAUUUCAUUUUUUUGCUCGAUGUCCUUCUAUUCAAAAACUAAGAGAUGAGUAUUUCAAGAAUAUUGCUUUUUGUAAAGAUAGUCACUUGUUCUCCAAUUCGGAUUUUAUUUCCACAUUGAGCAGCACUGAUCACGACAUCAUCAUCAAGACUGCUAUUUCUAUCUCCAGGGCUUUUUACGAAAGGCAAGCAGCUCUUCAGGAGCAAUGACAAUAUAAUUUUACCAAUGUGACUUAUGAUAUGUUUUAAUGUCAUGUCUUUUAUUUUGUAAUAUUCAUGCAUGUAUAUGCCAUACUGCCUGUACUUGUGAUAGUUGUGCAAAUAAAUAAUUUGAAAUUUGAAAUUUUGUGAAAACAAUUGGUGUGUAUUCAUUAGAUAGAAUUGUAUUCCUUUAUUUUCAAUCAAAGCAGGAGUUGUGCUCAAAUUUUCAUUUGGUACCUGGUAUUAUCUUGUUUCAUAAUAAAACAGUGUGUUCUGUUAAUUUCAGAAUACAUAAAUGAACUUGGAAAGCAGGAGUUGUGUUCACGUUUGUGUUUCAUGCUGGUAUGCACCAGAAAAUCAGUUGCACUUGCACUUCUCGGAGUGCAAAGCAAUAUGUUACUUGACACAUUUUGAGUAUAUUCACCUUCAUUCUGCCACUCAUCAACUGUGCAUGCAUAGUGAUUUCCUGGCUUAGUCUACAUUGGUAUGACCAUGGUAUCGUGUAUCUGAAGACAUUUGUGUAUUUCAGUAUAGUCCUACACUCUUUCUUGUUACAAGAUAUGUCAAGGAGUAAAUAAUGUGUGAUACUAAGUAGUAUUCUUGUCUUUUUGUGCUUCAGCUCCAGGUAUUGAUAUCACUCCUCAUGAGUAAAUAAUGUGUGAUACUUUUUUAGGAAGUAUUCUAAUCGUCUUUGUGUGUUUCAGUUCCAGGUGUUGAUAUCACUCCUCAUGAAGUGCAAGAUGUUGCAACGUCGACCAGUGACCUCACCACCUACCGAAAUCAUGGCUGCCAGGUCAAUCACAAGACUGCUUACUUUCAUUCGCGUGGAACACAGGCUGUGUCUAUGCCCUUCACUCCAAUGACAGAUCCACCCGCAUAUGAUCAUGGCAGAAGGAGGUGCUCCAGUCCAACUCUGCCGUCAUCUACACCGAAGCCAAAACGACUCAAAGUAGAUGAGGAAAUGCUGGAUCUUACUUCGGAAUUUGACCAGUCCCUUCCCAUGUUGGACGAUGAUGAACAAAAAGACCCUUCAUGGGACCCCAACAUGUCCUAUGGUGCUGAUUAUGAAACAGAGGACAACUGUGACAGCGGUGACCAGCCCAUGAAGUUUUAUGUUGUCUCGGAGAGGAAGCUACUGUCACUCUUCAACAUCUGCCAGCAUUGUGGAGGCAGAGGUGCUGAGGCUGAAGUUACAGCAGCCAAUGGAACUCUCAUCACCAUCUCGCAGCAGUGCUUGAGAUGUGAUGAAAGUUUCAAAUGGUGGAGCCAGGAAAAAAUAGCAUCAUAUCCUUCUGGCAACAUCAGCCUCACGUGCACUAGACUUACUUGAAGCCGCUCAACCUGAGGUCAAGGUAGUCUUGGUUACAUAUGGCCAUACUGGUGUAGCGAAACACGUACAGGAGGAAAGGUCACAGAACGUGACACACUACCUUGAUAUAUGGCAUGUUGCAAAAGGUGAAAAGAAGAGAUUGGCGAAGCUGUGCAAAAGGUUUAAGGAGAUUGGGAUGUGGCGGCGCAGCAUUAUCAAUCACAUUUACUGGUGUGCAGUUUCCAGUAACUAUGAUGGGGAACUGAUUGUUGCAAAAUGGAAGUCCUUGGCUAAUCACAUCGUCAACGUUCACAAACAUACCAAUGAGAAAUUCACAGAGUGUGCCCAUGGGGAUAUUGGCCCAAAGUAUUGGCUUGAUCCAGCCUCGGAAGCAUAUGACCUACUAUGUCAAAGGAUCAUCAUGAACAAAUUGGUGCUCAAAGCAAUUGGCAAGCUCAGUUCCGAUGCCCAAACCUCCGGCCUCGAGGGAUUUCAUAGUACUGUGAACCACUUCGCUCCUAAAAUGUACCACUUCGGGUACCAAGCCAUGAAGAGCAGAAUUGAACUGGCUGCUCUUCAUUUCAAUGAGAAUGGACAGAAGGGUCAGAGGAUGUCAAAGGACAAGCAGCUAUCAUUCAAUAUCCGGUACCCUAAGAGUCGUGGUGGUCAAUACAUUGUGGUGCCAGUCAUGAAUGCCCCAACCUAUGCCUAUGCAGACAAAGUCAUGAAGGAGGUGAUAAGACUGGUCAGAUCUGGAUCAACACACGAAUUGAACGACAAUCCACCUCUGCUGUCUUCUUUGUAUGAUUGUCCAGCUUCCAAACAGCAAGCUAUUGCGGAGCACAAGGCCCAUGCUCGCUUCAGGAAGACUGAGUGAUCCUACUGCUGAGAAAGACUUGGUUUGGUGAAAGGCAUCCUUUGGCCACUGUGUUCAAUGAAACAUGGACGUCUGUUGGUGUGAUUUUAACACUUCCUUUGUACUCGGCAUUUAAGUGUUUUGAUGCUAGUAGUAGUAGUUAAGGCAAGCUGAAACUUGCUUGUUUGUUUAGAACAGAUAUUUGUAAACAAACAGUACUGCAAGUUUCCUGUUCAAAAUUAUUCUUGCAAUAUAGGUCAGGUGUUGUGACUACGGGGAAAGCCUUAGAGUGGGGGGGGGGGGGAUCAAACAGCUGUACCAUGGUACACCAUGACAAAUGAACAGUCGAAUAUCAGAUUCUACGUAAAAUAACUUUAUUUAAUCUACAUCAUAUUCAUAAGUUGACUAUACUGAUGACCUUUACUAGUACAAACUGUGUCUUUGACUUUGACUAGUAUGAACUGUCUUUGGAGAACCUGAGUGUACAUGUAUGCCACAUGUGUAAAUCUAGAAAAACAUGAAAUGUCAUACUGAAAACAUGUUCUAACUGUAACUCCCAACCUUCCUGACCAGAUUGAUAUGAUUGCAUUAUUUGAGAUGACUUGCUAUUCUAAGGCCUAUGUCCUGGCCAGGGUGGAUUCUAUUCUAAUGGAAUAAUGCAUUGUGAAUCUCCAUAUCUCAAAAUCUACUUUGCCAAUUUUCACUAAACUUUUCAGAUAUGUAGACAAGGUACACAUUCUACGGAAAGAUGCGAAAAAAAGGGUGUUACUGAUCUAGUUUUUGAGAAAUUAGACUUUUUUAUGCAUGAGCACACCUCAACAAAAUCCCUCUCAAAUCAGCUCUUUUGUUGUGGUGUGCUCAGGCAUAACAAAUAUCAAAUUUCUCAAAAACUAGAUCAGUGACACCCAAUUUUUUUCACAUUUCACUCUAGAAUGUGUACCUUGUCUACAUGUCUGAAAAGUUUGGUGAAAAUUGGCAAAGUAGAUUUUGAGAUGUGGAGAUUCACAAUGCAUAAUUCCAUUCGAAUCAACCAUGGCCAGGACAUAGGCCUUAGAAUACCAAGUCAUCUAUUAGGAAAAAUCUGUGAUAUUGCACUUCCAAUGUUUGUGAAGUUUGAGCUAAUGACUAGGAAUAUUCAAUAAAUCACAGGAUUAGA